CCCGGUAUAAAUAUCACUCGCAGCGUCACGGCCGUCGCACACAGAAAAAUGGUAUUCAAGCAACCAAGCUGCUCGAGCUCAUCGCUCUUUAUCCGGGUGAUCCUGAUCCUGGGGCUAGGACUACCUGCUGCCAGUGGCUACAGCUCAAAUGAUCUGCUAACCUGGAUGCAGGCUAGCAACUUUGGCUAUCAGGUUCUGCAGCAGGCCCCGAAGGACAACCAAUCUUUGACUGCGUCGGAGGCAAAUUGUUUGGCAGAGGUUCGGGUUCUCCUAAGAGGAGCGGAGGCCAAAUCCUUGCCAGCUCUGCGAGUUCUGGAUGCCUGGGGAAAGUUCCCGCAAGGCCUGCUCUAUGGUCACUUCAUGGACAUGGGCAACUACGAAUCCUGCCUCAGUUUGGAUCUUAGUAAAAGUCUAGGAAGUAGUGUCACCAUCGACACUGGAGCCAAGUACUGUCUGAGUCAUCUACAGUUUGAGAGUCUGCUCUUGGACUCAGAGGGUGCAGAUGCCCUUACCUUGAGCAUUGGCACCUGUUUACCCUCGUCCUGCAGUGCCGCCCAACUCAGUCGUUGGCUUCAUGGACAUCUGCAGGAUAUGUUUGGCCAAAACUCAACGGGGGCUACUUUGGUGCAGGAAAAGGACUGCUCCUUGGCCCAUGAAAACCCCAUGGGCGGGUUGGACUGGCUUGCUGUAUCUAUACUAAUCUUGUUGUGCACGUUGGUUCUCCUGGCCACCAUACUGGACUAUGCCGAAGUUCCAAGUAAGCUUUUGGGCUCCUUCUCUCUUCGCAAGAACGUACCCCAGUUAUUGAAGACCUCGAGCACCCCUUCGCCGCGUGUGAUUCCCUCUCUUAAUGGCAUUCGUUGCCUCACCAUCAUCUGGAUUAUACUUGGCCAUGGGUAUAUGUACCUGCUAUUGGCGCCCAAUAUAAACGCAUAUGAGAUCGUGGCCUGGGCUCAGACCCCUUUCUCCAUGGUCCUUCAGAGCGGUUCCACUUCUGUGGACACCUUUUUCCUGCUCAGUGGACUGCUCCUGGUUUUGACCACUCUGCGGGAGAUGGAUCGUACCAAAGGUUGUCUGAACGUGCCACUGAUGUAUCUGCAUCGUCUUGUGAGACUAACACCCGUCUUGGCUCUGGCAGUCCUCAUCUUUAUGACCCUUUUUCCCCGAUUGGACAGCGGUCCUUUGUGGAAGCAGUUCACCAGCUCCUCGGAACUCUGCAGCGAAACCUGGUGGGCCACUCUGCUCUAUGUGCAAAACUAUGCGGCCCCUGGUAAGAUGUGCUUAGGCCAUUCCUGGUAUCUGGCUGUCGAUAUGCAGCUCUAUAUCAUUUCGCCCCUUCUUCUGAUUGCUCUAUAUAAAUGGGGCAAAAAGGCUGUCGGGGGCAUUGUCCUUCUGAUUCUUCUACUCUUCGGUUGUGUAUUCAGUAUAGUCAUGCUACGCAAUCUUCGAGUAUUCGACCGCCAUGGAAACCUAGGUGCUGAUAGUCCCGAAAUGCGGUUGAUCUAUUAUACCACCCAUGCCAGAGCCACUCCUUGGUUGAUUGGACUGCUUUUUGGAUACUUUCUGCACCACCAAAGUGGAAGGAAGACCAACCUGCCAAAGUGGUUGACUUUGGCGCUGUGGAUCCUGUCCCUUUCCCUUCUGGCCACUGUAAUCUUCGCCGUCUAUCCUUACACCCAGGACGGGAUGGGUGAUAUUUCCCCACUGGCUGGGGCUUUCUAUCUGUGUUGCAGUCGUAUUGCCUGGCCCUUGGCUUUAUGUUGGCUCAUUUGGGCUUGUCAAAAUGGAUUGGCUCCUAUUGUUAAUGACCUGCUAAGCUGGUCCUUCUGGCAACCCCUAUCCAAGUUGUCCUACUGUCUUUAUAUUUGGCAUCUCCUUGUAGAGACUGUUCACAUAGCUCGCAUCAAAAACAGUCUUCAUUUCUCGGACUACGAUGCUAUGCUUCGCUUCUGGUCAGACUUCGGUAUCACUAUGUUUGUGGCCUUGUUUAUGCAUCUAUUUGUUGAGGUUCCUCUUGGUCGCCUUGAGAUGGAAUUGCUCAAAAAACGCCAAAAAAUCGAGGCUAGUUCCAAAGUUCCUCCAGUAGAAACAUCAACUGAGCCCGUGGAAGAACUGCAAGCAACUAGCAUUUCCCGCCAGAAUUUGGUCAACCCCUAAGAAAUGAAUUUAUUUAUUGUUAAGUUUUAAAUGUUGUACAUAUUUAUCAAUUAAGUUGAAUUGCCAGCUAACGAUUUUAAUUCUAUUGUGAUAAUGGACUGUGAAUUGAUUUCUUGAACCAGAUUUUAAUUUUUUGUUUAUAAGAAUUUAAAAAAUGAAAGUAAAUGCCAGAAAAGAAAAUCCCCGAAAGUAUGCAAAACAAAAGUCGAACAAAGCAUUAAAUAACUUUUAAGAUGACCGUUUUGCAAAAAACAUAUCCGGCACUUAAUUCACAACUUCCUCAUUUAUUAUUUAGUUGCCUACUUGUUUAUUCAUGAAUAUGUUCAAGCCUCACUUAUUAUACAUAUUUGAUGAAGUUGAAUUAUCAUGAGUAUGCCAGUAUAUACAUACAAGCUUGUGUAAUUUAAAUGUA